AUGGUGUCAGCCCUAUCUUCUACUCGUGAAUGCUGGGCCGACAUCGACGACCCACGAUUUAUGCUGGCUUUCUGGAUCGGAAGCGGUUGGGCCGUGGCCGAGCUGCUUGCCAGCACAUGGCAGCUCUUCAAGUUUGUGCCUUUAUAUCGCACCGUUGAGCGCCCUAUGCUGCGUCUAGAUGAGGAAGACAUUCUGAAUGACUUUGUCGAGGAAAGCCACGUUACGGAUGGGCAAAAUUCGUCACACUCUGACUCGAGCCUCUCGUCCGGCGAAGUGUCUGAUGAGCUGGAGCAACUCUCGUUGGAUGAGCUCAUCUUGAUGCGGGAGAAAUCUGAGCUUGAACACCAGUUGGGCGACUACCUAGAAAAUGGGUGCUCGUCUCUCUCCAUGGCUGAGGAAGAUGUAUUUCGCUUCACACCGUUCCCGUCCUUGGCGCGUGUGGGUGUCACCUAUUGGGUAUUGGUGCUUCUCCACGGCAUUGCCUCGACUACUUGGAUGAUCGCCCUGCCACGCAUCGGACUCACGACGGUCACGUACACGUCCAUGCUCUUUUGUGGAGGUAUCAUUAUGCAUUUCGCUCUUGCCACCAUGGCCAAGCGCGACAAGGGCACGUUGCGCGCUGCCCUCGCAAAGCAUCGGGCGCGGAGCCAUCAGCGAGCGGAGGAGAAACGCAAGGCGGCAGUCGGGCAGGCCAGCAAGGCAGUCGCAGCCAUUCCCCCGAAAAAACGGGCUGUCAUGCCUUUUGCACCUGACGAUUCAGUUCUGCUAGUGGGUGAAGGCAACUUUUCUUUCACGCUGGCAUUGUUGAGCCCUCCCCACAACCAUCCCCCCCAUCAGAUCCUCGCGACCAGUUACGAUACGGAGGCGGAGGUAUACGAAAAAUAUCCUGAUGCACGUGCCAUUAUCGCACAGAUCCGUGCCAAGGCGGGGCUCCAUGCGGACCGGAUCCUUGCAUUUGGCGUGGAUGCGGGUGCACUGCAUAAAUGUGAAGCUGUUACGGGGAAUCGCAAGGAUGACUCACAUCGUUGGAGUAAGGUUUGGUUUGGCUUUCCGCAUGUGGGGGCUGGCCACAAGGACGAGCAGCGCAACGUACUGGCCAACCAACUCAUGCUCUUGCGUUUCCUCGUGUCGAUUGCGCCUUAUCUCACACAGGGACGGGCUCCCGCGUACGUAACUGGCAAGGCACGGCGGAGCAGCGACGACGAGGACGAGGAUGAAGACGAAGACAACCCUGCAGGUCAUCGCCAUGCCGGCGAGGACGAGCUCCUCUCUGAGCACACAAUAUGGCGGCCGCUCUCGCCGCCUAUGCGUCAAGGUUCUGUGCUUAUAACUAUUCGGAACACUCCGCCUUAUACGCUGUGGAAUGUUCCCAUGCUUGGUAAAAAGCUGCGUAGUGUGUUUGGUCCCAUUGCUGCGUCAGCACCACCACCGCCCAAAGGCACCUUUAUGCCGACGCUGGCCGAUGUGGACCGAGCUGGUGCCGAGUAUGUGGUCUGGCGAAGCUUUGAGUUUGACCCGCAGAUGUGGAAAGGUUACAGCCACCGCCGGACGGUGGGUUUCGUCGAGGGUCUUAGCACGUCCAACAACGAAGACCUCCUGCGCCGCCCCACGCCGCCCAGUGCGUCUAAGCCGCAGGGCCGGCAUGUAGGCACAGGCGAGUGCCGUACCUUUGAACUCGCAUUGAGGUAG